AUGUAAAUAUAGAGGUUUCCUACACUUGGGGAAUGGACUGAAAAAAAAACAAACUCAUUUAUCGAAGAAAAGUUAGUAAUUCGAAAUCCUGAGGAAUUGAAAUCCAAAAUUGAGAAGAUGAUAUCUGAUGGUGCUAAGUAGACACAAAUAGUGACAGAUUUUGACUAAACGAUUUCUUCUUUCCUUAGUCCUGCAACAUUCAGCUUGUUUAGAAUGUCUGAAUUAUCCCCUUAGGAUUUCAAAAAUAAAAUGUAAUAGUAUUAUGAUUACUAUGUUCCAAUCGAGAAGGAUUAGAGCAUAAAAAUAGAUGAAAAGAAUAAGCAUAUGCAUGAAUGGUAUUAGAAAGUGUCUGAAGCCUUUCAUGAAGCUAAAUUCACAAAGUCUUUAUCAUGUUAAAUAUUAAAUACUUCGCACAUCUAUUUGAGAUAGCUUUUCGAACCAUUCUUUAAUAAAUGUGUGGAAGAACAUAUUCCAUUUCACAUUGUCAGCGGCGGACUCGAUAGAGUGAUAAACACUAUUUUAGCAUCUAUUCACGACAUCGACACUUACGAUGAAAUGACAUUACAUACAAAUCAAAUGCUGUUUUAAGACGACAUUUUAGAAAAGAUGGAGAUGCUGGUAACAGCUACCACUAAAGCCAAAAUUUUAGAAACCUCUGGAAUUCAAUUCAGAAACAACACGAUUUUGUUGGGAGAUUUACCAAGUGAUUUUUAUAUGACUAAAUUCCUAAACAUUCCAAAUCAAGUGAGUAUAGGAUUUUUAGCAUAGGAUCAUUCUUAUUAAUUAGAAGAGUAUAAGAAAUUAUAUGAUAUCACUAUCAUCGGUGAUCCUAGUUUCUUAGUUCCUUUAGUAUUGUUAUCCAAAGUCAUAGGAUAUCCAUUAUCCGAAGAAUGCACUUAGCUUUUCAAUUCAAAAAAUUAUGAUGAGCUUCGUGAACUCUUUUGAGAUAGAUUAUUUAAUACAAUAAACCAUAAUUAUUUC